GGAGUGGGAGGAUGAGCGGCGGGGACGGCGGUGAGGGCCGGGCGGGCGCCAUCAGCUACGCUCUUCCCUCCAUCCCCUCCAACAAACUCCCGGACUUGCGUUUCAUCAGCCGCGGCGCUUACGGGACCGUGUCCGCCGCCCGCCACGCCGACUGGAGGGUCCCAGUGGCCCUCAAAUGCCUGCAGGGGCCGCUGCUAGACAGUGAUAGAAAUCACCUUCUAAAAGAAGCAGAGAUAUUACACAAAGCCAGAUUUAGUUACAUUCUGCCAAUUUUGGGAAUUUGCAACGAGCCUGAAUUUCUGGGGAUAGUAACAGAAUACAUGACAAAUGGAUCAUUAAACCAGCUAUUACAUGGGAAAGACAUAUAUCCUGACAUUCCCUGGUGCCUGAGAUUCCGCGCUCUUUACGAAAUUGCUUUGGGAGUAAACUAUUUGCACAACAUGAAUCCUCCACUGCUGCACCAUGACUUAAAAACCCAGAACAUUUUGCUGGAUGAUGAGUUUCAUGUCAAGAUUGCAGAUUUUGGCAUGUCCAAGUGGCGUGUCAUAUCCAUGUCACAAUCACGAAGUGAAUCCUCUUUGCCAGAAGGAGGGACAAUUAUCUACAUGCCACCUGAAGACUACAACCCCAGUCAGAAAAGCCGGGCAAGUGUGAAACACGAUAUCUACAGUUAUGCAAUUAUCAUGUGGGAAGUGAUGUCAAGGAAACAGCCAUUUGAAGAAGUUAUAAACCCCUUGCAGAUAAUGUACAGCGUGUCACAAGGACAACGACUAGACUUAAGUGAAGAAAGUUUAUCAAUGGACAUUCCUCAUCGAGUGCUCAUCAUAAGACUGAUGGAAAGUGGAUGGGCACAAAACCCAGAUGAAAGACCAUCAUUCUUAAAAUGUUUAAUAGACAUUGAGCCAGUUCUGCGGACAUUUGAUGAAAUAGCUAUGCUGGAAGCAGUAAUUCUGUUAAAGAGAUCAAAGUCACUAUAUGAAUCACAAGGUAUUUACAAGAGUGGAAAGAAAGCAAAUGUGGAGCAGAUUUCUCUAAAUAUACCUCUGAAUCCCCAAAAGGAAACAUAUUCUGGCUCCAUACAAUGUGAUGCACUUCCCCUUCGGAGCAUCUCUCCAGAUAUAUCAACACUCAAGUCUAUCCCACAGUGUAAUAUCCUUUCAUCAGAUGGAAAUUCUGGGUGUCUAUACUCUCUCAGCAGCCAGAGCACGGAUGACAAUAUCUCUGUAACUCAGAGUGCCAAACUUCUUGUGCAUCCAUGCACAAGUAAUGUUCCUUCAUCUGACAGGAGUAUUUCAGAUGCCUCGAAGUCUGCAUCGUGUAUACUGCAGUCACCACUGAUUCCUUCAGAUUUUGUAUUGGAAACCAUACAGCAGAAUGUAGCUCAUCAGUGGAUCCAAAGUAAAAGAGAAGAAAUUAUUGAUCAGAUGACUGAAGCAUGUUUGAAUCAAUCACUGGAUGCUCUUCUAGCAAGAUUUUUACUCAUGAAAGAAGAUUAUGAACUUAUAAGCACCAAACCUACAAGGACAUCAAAAGUACGACAACUGCUUGAUACUUCAGACAGCCAAGGAGAGGAAUUUGCCAGAAUUAUAGUACAAAAGUUGAAAGAUAACAAACAGCUAGGACUUCAACCUUAUCCAGACGUUGUAUCUAAUUCUCAAAGACUACAUCCUUAAAUUUAUUCUCUCUAUAUGAAACCAUGUGAAUAUUUCUUACAAUAUGAUUCUUGUUUCUAUAUAGUAGUUUUAUAUAUGUGCUGCUUUGUCCUCACAAUGCCUUUGUAGUCUCAGAAGUGACACCGAGUUCAUCUAGCCUGCAUUUGGUGAGUGACCAGUUAAUCAGUUGGAGUGCAAUGAUAAAGCUGAACAUUUGGCACUCUUUUACUCACUUUUUUAAAGUAUUUUGUUUAUACAUGACAAAGAAAAACAUUAAAUGUUUCCUGUUUUACAUA